AUGGAACAAGAACCCCACAUAGCUAUUUUUCCAAGUCCAGGGAUGGGACAUCUCAUCCCUCUUCUGGAGCUUGCAAAGCUACUUGCUCUCCAUCACAACUUCCACAUCACCUGUAUCAUUUCCGUACUUGGGUCUCCAUCCAAAGCCAUGAAAGAGGUCCUCCAAGCCUUGCCCACCAGCAUAGACCAUGUCUUUCUUCCUCCAGUGAGCCCUGAGGACCUCGAAGGCUUACUACCUGAAGUCCAAACUAUUCUCACCUUGACCCGGUCACUGCCAUCUCUUCGUGAUGUGUUGAAGUCUUCUCGGUUUGCUGCUUUUAUCGUUGACACUUUUGGCAUGGAUGCACUAGAUGUUGCUAAGGAAUUCAACAUCUCACCCUACAUCUUCUUCUUGUCAAAUGCUUUUGCGUUGUCGUUGGUUUUGCAUUUGCCAAAGCUAGAUGAGACAAUUUCAGGCGAGUAUAGAGACCAAGCAGAACCAUUGAAACUUCCAGGGUGCGUACCUAUUCACGGUAGAGAUCUUGCAGAACCGGUUCAAGAUCGAACAAGUGACUGGUAUAAAAUGUUUCUUCGCAGCACAAAACGGAUGCGAUUAGCCGAGGGUAUUAUGUUUAAUACUUUCAUGGAAUUGGAAGAAAAUGCAAUAAAAGCACUGUUAGAUGAAGAAGCUAAAAGUCUCCCACUUUAUCCAAUUGGACCCAUCAUUCAAACUGGUUCUAGCAAUCAAGUUAAAGGGUCAGAGGACUCAGACUGCUUACGAUGGUUGGACAAUCAGCCACAUGGCUCUGUCCUAUUUGUUUGUUUUGGGAGUGGUGGGACCCUCUCAUAUGAACAAACCAAUGAGCUAGCCUUUGGAUUGGAAUUGAGUGAGCAAAAAUUCUUAUGGGUUGUAAGAACUCCAAAUAAUGAAUCCGCUGAUGCUGCAUACCAUAGUGACCAAACCCUUGAAAACAACCCACUUACUUCCUUACCAAAAGGGUUUGUAGAGAGAACCAAAGGCCAGGGUCUAGUGGUUCCCUCAUGGGCACCACAAAUCCAAGUCCUUAGCCACAGUUCCACAGGUGGGUUCUUAAGUCACUGUGGUUGGAAUUCGACCCUAGAAAGUAUCUUGCAGGGCAUACCAUUAAUUGCAUGGCCACUUUUCGCAGAGCAAAGAAUGAAUGCAGUACUACUAGCUGAGGAUCUAAAAGUGGCACUUAGACCAAAAGCUAAUGAGAAAGGCCUAGUGGACCGAGAGGAAAUUGCGAAAGUUGUAAAGGGUCUCAUGGUUGGAGAAGAGGGGAAGAAAGUUCAUAGCCGUAUGAAAGAUCUAAAGGAUGCUGCUGAGAAAGCACUAAGUGCAGAUGGGUCUUCGACAAAGGCACUCACUGAUUUAGCAUCACAUUGGACAAAUCAAGCUCGCUUUUAGGACAUGAUUUAGGAUGUGUUUAAGUACUUCAAGAAACCAUAUUUCAAGAUCAAGUGUUGAAACCUUCAAGUCUAUCCAAGAAAACAAGCUGAAAGUGCAAAAUUACUAAAGCUCGACAGCUAGCUUGACAACUAGCAUGUGUCAAGGUGUAGGGAAGCUGUUCAGCCCAUGUGCUCGACACCUACUCGACAGCUGCUCGACACUUCCUAUCUGUCGAGGUUUAAGAAUUUCAGAAUUCUUGAUUUGAUUUUCUUGGGAUCUGUGAAUGUGUCUUUGGACUUUCUUUUCUCCUAACCCUAGACCUAUAAAAGAAUUGUUCUAAGGGCCGUCAAACAGUUUACAAGUUGCACAAGUAUUGAGCAAACUCUGUUCAAGCAAAUUGUGAUCGGAGACGAAGUUCUUGCCCUAGUUCAUCUCUUUCUCUUGAAGAAGUUGUUGUGUAUGUGCACCGUAGGGUUUUGUGACCAAGCAUCUUCUUGAUCUUCAUCGUGUGGAUGAAUUGAAGAACUUUGCAGCCAACAACCUUCUUAGUUGGUGAUUGAAGUUGUGUACUGGGAUCCACGCAAUUGGUUAGUCACGUACUUGGGAGCCGUGCAUUGAAAGGGGAACUGUCACUACAGAACAAGUCCAAUUGGGUAUUGGGGUAAGGGUUCACUGUAGGUUGGUAAGGUAUUUGGGAUUCCUUUACUUGUAACCGCUUGUUAUGAUAAUAGUGGAGUUUCGGGAGUGGUGACCUGAAAAUCACCCGGUGGGUUUUUUGCCAUGUAGGUUUUUCUUAUUCGUAAACAAAUCACCGUGUCUUUUAUUUUCUGCUGCA